AUGGUGAAGUUAAUGUUACUUGGUGCUGCUAAUUCAAGUAGAUUUUAAGAAAUAUAUAAAUAAUUGAUGGUAAAUAGAAAAAUUGGUGAAAUCUACAGGAUGUUUAAAAAAACUAUAAAAUAUAAAAUAUAAUUUUGAUAAUUAAAUCUAUAAAAUCUAAUUUUGAUUAGAUUUUAUAUCUGUAAAAUAUAAUUUUGAUAAUUAAGAAAUCUUAUAUACAAAAAUCUUGUUUGAGAUUUAUUUUUUUGAAUUGUAAAUAAUUAAUAAUUUUUAUGCUAAAAAUAUAUUUAACAACUGCGUAGAAUAAUAGAUUAAUCGAUGAAUCUUUCUCUUUAUUUAUUAUUACUCACAUUUCAUAUUUCCCUGCAAGAAGUAAUAAAAUAGAGCAAAAUAUCAUUCGAUUCAUUGAUCAGUGUAUUUCUAGCCUCAAACAAUAUUUUUUUACUUUUCUUCUCAUUGUCUCGCUUUCUUCUUUCUUAACAUUCUACAUGAUGGAUUAAUGUUUAAGCAAGACAAAUAAAUCUAGUUUUGAAAGAGUUGAAAAGUUGACAAACUUAUGCUUGUAGCAUAGAGGAAAAUUGUGAUUAGUCGCGCGAGAAAAAUGAUGAUACGAACCGGUUUUUCUCUGAUUACGAUAAUAACGUGUAAAACUGCGACUUUCGAUCUUUAAUAGAGGUUAUCGCUUGCUGAUGUAUGUAAAUAUUGCCGAAUUUUUAUUGCAAUAGUUUCAAUUUCUUUGAAUCUUUUCCAAGUUGGAGGAAACGUAUUAAGUACAGUGUUAAUAUAAAACAGAUAGCACGAAGACGUUCUCUGCUUGUUCAACUAAAUUUUUCUUUUCAUCUUUUUUUGUUUAAUUUAUCGUCUAUUUUUUUUCUACAAAGUCCUUUCUUCACCAAAGUUGUUCCAUUAUUUCUGUCAUUGAAAAUCAUCCUAUUAUUUCUAUCACUGAAACUGCUUCCUUUAUUUUUAUCAGUUUCUUAUAUUUAACUCUUUCUAUAAUCUGAGUAUAUGUUUUUAUAUAAUCUAGUGGUUUAAGAAAAAUUUCACUGGUAAAUUCUUUUUCUCGAAACAAAUAUUUUCAUUCUAAAAUUUUCAUUUUAAAGACUUGACUUAACAAACUGGUUUCUAUCAUGUAAUAAGGAUCUCAUUAAGCAAUCCAAAAUUGUUUGAAAGCCUAAAACAGUGAAAAUAUUAGACGAUUAAGACGAUUAAUCUUUUUUACAGAUAGCACAGUAAUACGAUAAUAUAUGCUCACAAAGGUUUAAAUCUGUAGACUGAAUCCUAACAAACCAUUCGAUUUAGCAAAUGGCACAGAGAGAUAUAUUAUAUUGAACAAAUAUUAAUAUUAAUACUAUUAUAAUGUUAAUACAUAAUUAAUUCUAUCAGUUCAUUAAUAGUUUUAUAUUAUAUCAUUAUCAUUAACUUUCAAAUAGGAUACGAAACUUUAAUUAAAAAAAAAUAAAUUUUAGUAUUCUAUUAAUUUAAUAAUAUUUAUAACAUGUUGCAGAGUUUCAAGAUGACCAGUGUCAUCAUCAAGGCUGUUUUGUUGUUGCAUCUUUUCCAAUUGAUAGCUGGCCAAUCACCGUGUUCUAACUAUUUUCAAUAUGUUCAGGAUGACGCUUCAGAUAAACUUAUCGGUUACAUUCAGAUACCAUCACCACCAAAAGGAGUUGACUUGCGAUUAAGUGUCACUUUAAGUAUUGCUGAUGCAUUGCCUUCGAAAUAUGUUGGUCGAUUAGAGUUAGCACGAUCGAAAGAGCAAUCGAUGAAUGCAGUUAAUGAAGGCAGAUCGUUGACAUAUAAAGUCUAUUUUCCUCUUCCUUAUCCGAUACCGUCCUUAACCAGAUUGUGGUUCAAUGAUCAAAUCAUCUGCUCUGGUCCACAUGCAACUGGACCAGUUGUCACCACCAUUAUGUUGAACCACACGUUGUUCCCACCUCAUCCUCUCCGUGUCUUAACGCAACCACCUACAAACACAAAUCCAUUUCCAUCAACUAGACUUGAAUUUCCACCUGAAUUUCCACCUGAAUUUCCACCCUUGCGAACAAGGUCGAACGUGUCAAACAUUACACCCGCGCCAGCAAGUAAUCAAGAAAGUGAUCUGGUGUGUGGUCGAAGCAGUAACAACAAGCAGAUAAAUCCUCUCAUAGUUAAUGGCGAAAGAACGUAUCGCAACCAGUGGCCUUGGCUGGCAGCAAUUUUUAUCGCCAAACUCGAGUUUGAAUUCCAAUGCGCAGGGACGUUAAUCUCGAAUAACCAUAUCAUUACAGCUGCACAUUGUGUUAUGUUAAACGAUGUAAACCUUCCUGCCGGGACGCUUUUGGUAUCCCUGGGACGUUAUCGACUUUUGGAAUGGAGAGAACAGGGCUCAGUGAAUCGAGAAGUAGCCGACUACAAGCUUCAUCCAGAUUAUAACGGAAACGGCAAUGCUGAUUCAGAUCUAGCUAUAUUGGUAUUGCGAGAAAGCGUAAAAUACACUUUGUCGAUCAAGCCAAUUUGUCUUUGGUCUGGAUCUUCGCUUCUUUCGAACGUUGUAGGUAAAGUUGGUCAUGUAGUAGGUUGGGGACUAGAUGAAAAGGGAAAUCCAUACGUUGAGGAGCCUCGGCAGAGCAGGUCACGGAUCGUGGCCCAGGAAGAUUGUCUUUGGAGCAACAGUAAUUUCGUUGCAUUUACUUCAAACCGGACGUUCUGCGCUGGUGAAAAAAAUGGAAGUGGCCCUUGUAACGGCGACAGCGGAAGCGGUUUCGUGAUCUACAAUAGCCAAAUGGAUCGUUAUUAUCUGCGAGGGAUUGUUUCGAGAUCUCUUGUAGAUAAAAAUACUCUGUCUUGUGAUUUAAGGCAAUUCAUCAUUUAUGUGGACGUAGCACAACAUUUAGACUGGAUACAGAGACAGAUUUCUGUUUAA